GCCAUUCAGCAGUUUGUAAGCGUAUUCGAUACAGAUAACACGUAUCCAUUUUUAUUUUUAAAAUCGUCGUGUGCAUUUGUUUACCAAACCAGUGAAUUAUAAAUCUUUGGAUAAAGACUACACAGUGCAACAUUUUUAGUGUUUUAAGUUUGGUGACAUCGGUUCUUUCAAUUAGAUUUUCCUGUAUGUCAAGAUGGGCUAAUCUGUUCUGAAGUUGAUCGGAUAAAAUAUAUAAGCACUUGAUGGCAAUAAGUGAACAGGAGGCGAAGAAUAAAUCGGCUAUAAUCAUGUACUCUAUGAACUACAUCGGUACGUUCUUCAAGAAGUUCUACAAUGAGAUAAACAGUGCGACGUUGACGGGGGCCAUUGACGUGAUUGUGGUGGAGCAGCCCGAUGGCAGCUUCACUUGUUCCCCGUUCCACGUGCGCUUUGGAAAACUGGGCGUGCUCCGUUCCAGAUUUAAAGUGGUGGACCUCGAGCUCAAUGGAGAGCCCCUCCCGAUUCAUAUGAAGCUGGGUGAAUCUGGUGAGGCGUUCUUUGUGGUGGAAGUCGGUGAAGAUGAGGCCGAAUGCUCGGCUCACUUGGCCACAUCGCCGAUACCGGCGAAUCGAUUCGACGACUUAUAUGAACCACGCCGCAGAAACUCGCUGUCCGCUGUGGAACCCGAUCAUGGACAAGCAUCCGAUUAUACCAAAAGGAGGUACACAGCUGACGGCAAAACGAUGCAGAAACCUGACUUAAGUAAACAUUCAAAGAAAAAUACCAAAGAAGACAAUAACAAAACCGACGAGACGGAAGCAUUAUUUGAGAUGGAUGGUCUCAAUGAAGCCACUGACUGGACAGAUUCCAAACCAAAGACAUUUUCGGCGACGCAGCUCGGUGCCGGCACUGAAGCGAGCCAAACCGUGUUAAAAAUUAGCGAGAACAAUGACUUUAGACCUAUCGACAUCAUACCGACUAGCCAAGAAGAUACGAAACCGAAUGGAAACGGAAAGAAAAAGAAGAAAACGCGUAAAGUUAGCUCUAAGAAAAAGCAUCAAAGGAAGUCUUCUACCAGCUCGAUUUCAAGCCAGUCUGAAGUCACCGGCUCGGAGCUACGCGCCUCGCAGCCUACCGCCAUUCCAAAUACCACCGAUAUUAAUUUCUUUAGCGACUCCGAAGCUGCUGCUCUCAAUGAAGAGAUGUCAAAUUUGAAGCUGAAUGGUGAAAACCGCAUACCAUUGGCGUUGUCUGAUACAGCGUUCGAGGUGCACGCUGCCUCCAGACAUACGAAAGGAUCCCGUCACGGCACGCCGGUACAAUCUGACACGGAGGUUGAACUGGCGCGCACCACAUCCGGCGAUAAGUCGUCCCAGUCUUGGCGUUGGGGUGAACUUCCGGAACCACCGAUCCGUGGGACCCAAGUAGCGGAGACUCCAGAAACGCCGGCCUCUCCAGCAUCACCAGUAGAACCGGCUUCUCCCACGGAACCCCUCAGUUCUGAUGAGGAAAGGCACGGCCGUCGCGGAGUUCUCAGUGGAAUGUUCCGAUUCAUAUCCUCGAGGGAAGCGACUGAGCCUGGAGUGGAAGGCGUCUACCUGGACGAUCUGGACAAGGGACAAGUCGAUCCGGAUAUUUAUUUCCCAAAACAUCACGCGGGCCGGUACAGAACCGGCGCAACAGGCGCGCCGUGCCCCACAGAGGAGGAGUACGAGUCCGGCAACGGCCCGUCGCUGCCGCAGUCGCCCGCCUCGCCCGCCUCGCUCGAACCGGCCGCGCUCGACUCCGACGACGACGAGAAACUGCUUGCCAAGGGCUGCGUGGAGGUGUACGCGCGCGAGGGCGCGGUGUCGCACGCGCUGUCGUACGAGGAGUUCUGCGCGGCGGGCGGGCGGCUCGCGGCCGAGGGCCGGCUCGAGGUGCGCGUGGCCGGCCGCCGCCUGCCCUGGCGCAGCGCCGGCCCGCUGCUGCUCUCGCUGCUCGCCUACCGCCGCCCGCUACCCGCGCGUGUGAUGGAGUCACUGGAGAAGGACGACAAGGAGGCGGCGGAGUCGCAGCGCGCCGACGCGGCCAAGCCCAGGUCCUACUCGUGGUGGUACUGGAGGAGGUCCACGUCGGACUCGAAAAGAACUGACCCAUCACCCAAAGACGAGUUAAAGAAUGCGUCCCUGCCCCCAUUGAAGAUAGAACCUACAGGACACGAUCAAGUGGACCAUUUCACUGGUGUGAAAAUCGAAGAGAACAACCUAGAAGAAACCAAUAUUGUUGAGGAAAUACAACCCGAUGAUUUAAUUGAGAGCAGCGGUAACCAAGAACUGUUGGAUGACAAAACUAUGUUUAAUGAAGGUGAUCGUCUCGAACAGAGCUCGUCAGAUUCCGAUCAAGAUACACAGCAGAAGGGCUCUCGGCGACCUUCCACAUUCCGCAAGACGCUGCGACUCACGUCUGAACAAAUUAAAAAGCUAAACCUGCGCGAGGGCAUGAACGAGAUGGUGUUCAGCGUGACGACCGCGUACCAGGGCACGACGCGCUGCAAGUGCAACGUGUUCCGCUGGCGCUACGACCACAAGAUCGUCAUAUCCGACAUCGACGGCACCAUCACCAAGUCUGACGUACUAGGACACAUUUUCCCCUUGGUCGGAAAGGAUUGGGCGCAAUCCGGUGUUGCUCAACUGUUCACGAAAAUCAAAAACAAUGGUUACCAGCUGCUGUACUUAUCAGCGCGAGCUAUUGGGCAAGCUGGGGUGACCCGAGAAUACCUCCGCUCCAUAAAGCAGGGCGAGGUGUGUCUGCCGGACGGGCCGUUGCUGCUCAACCCCACGUCGUUGCUGCGCGCCUUCCAUAGAGAAGUCAUCGAGAAGAAACCGGAAGAGUUCAAGAUUCAAUGCUUGGCUGAUAUAAAAGCGCUCUUCCCGACUGGCUCCAACCCCUUUUAUGCGGGGUAUGGGAAUAGAGUUAAUGACGUGUGGGCGUACCAAGCUGUCGGCAUUCCCAUAGUGAGGAUAUUCACAAUCAACUACAAGGGCGAACUCAAGCAUGAACUGACGCAGACAUUCCAAUCCACGUACUCGCACAUGACUGUGCUAGUGGACCAAGUGUUCCCGCCGGUGCUGUGCGAGCCGAGCGACGAGUUCUCGCAGGCGGUGUACUGGCGCGAGCCGCUGCCCGACGUCUUACUACCCGCAAUUACAACAACUCCCACCAAAACAUAAAAUAUAUAAACCAACCACUAUAUAACACGGAUUUGUGCAAUAUUGGAAUUGCCAAGCGCGAUUUUGCAUCUCAUUUUGAAAUGAUUCAGUUGGUACGGUUUAGUUGUAACGUUCUGUAACUCAUUUUGUAUGCGGAAGGUACAAAAUAAGUGUUUGUGUAAGGUCUAAUAUUGUUUGUUAAAGACAAAUAUCAUUUAUUUGUGAGAAGCUCUUACAGUACAAUUAAUAAUUAUUACAAAUGUGUCAUUUAAUAUAAUUGGAUUAACGAUAUACCGGGUGAAAUAGAAAAAGUAGAAUUAAAGACAUUUGGCGAUAUAACAAUUCAAGGCUAUAGAUUAAUUAGUGAUGUACAUAUUCAGGCGUAAAAAAAUUGUUUGAGGGUGUGCGUUAUGCCUGAUGUUACUUAUUAAUGUAAAAUGAUAAACUCAAUACAUACCAAACAUAAACUCAGCUUUUUCUGUAGAAAUAUAUAUUUAGUUCCUAUUACGAAAUUUAAAAAGUUGAUAUAAUUAAACUUGUAGGAUUUCAACUACUAGUUUUACAGUGGCUUUUUUAGAAAUUUUGAAUUAAAUUAACACAGAAGUGUACCAGAAUAGGUUGUUUACGAUUUGAUGAUAGAAAUAAAACACUUUUAAUUAUUGCAAAAUAACUCAUUACCUUAUCUAAUAUCCAUAGUUCCUAAAUAGACCUUGGGCUAUAUUGGACUCUGGAAAUACAACAGAAAGACAACUUUAUUUUAGGUUUAUUUUUCCACGAGCAUACUUGGAUAAAUACUGAUUAUAAUAAUCGAAAAGCGCCGGCGCUUUUGUAAUUCCAAAUGACAUUUUUAAUAGACGUAGAAUUCUAUCAUUCAUAGCUGAUUAUUCUUAAUAGCAGGCUGUGAUAUAAGGGCGAUCUCGGCUUGAAUGUCACUCAGUUAGGAUCGCUUCAAACUACUACUCGUACUAUUAAUAUUACGCUAUAUUUAGUUAAACGAGGUUAUUUAAUUUAAAUACAUUCUAAAUGGAUAGACUUUUGUGUAAUGUACCAUGCAUGUAACGUAAUACGUAGUUUUACAAAUAGUUGAAUAGAAAUGUAUUCUUGUGGCGUAUUAAAUCGUUAAUAGUUAUAAUUCGAGCACCGCGUUUUAGCUUUAUAAGCGGAUAAACGCAAAUAUCGCGUAGAUGUUCCAUGUUUAGAAACUUUUCAAAUCAAUUAAUGUCGUCACAUUGUGUGUAUGUUACAAUUAAAAUUUUAAUAACAUUUUGUAGGAUGAGCGUGUAGCUAACAGUCAUGAUAUGCAUCUCAAAGACUGUCACAUAGUCGCUAUGAAAUUGUUAUGUUUUGCUGGGUGUAUGAGCUGUGAUGUCGUCAGAUGAUGAAGCAAUGCUUUACUUUUGUACUGUGAUUACCUAUUUAUAUAUAAGUUAUGUUUAAUGUAACACAAGUUCACAUUUCAAAUUUGUCCCACUCAGGCAAAGCCAUUGAUGAUUUUAUUUUUGUAAUUCAAUUGAUUUUUGUUAGAAUACUGCUAUUUUUUGUAAAGAUUUAAGUUAGUUUGAUAUUGUAUGUAUAGAAAACGAAUGGACACCUGUUUUAUGUAUUAUUUUUCUAUUAUCUUUAAUUUAUUUUU